AUGCUGUUCGGGAAAAAUAAGACGGUUCAUUACAUUGAGCUGGACUCUAACUCGUUUCAGUUCGAUCUUUCAAAGGUGGUAUUUCUGGACAACUUGACGAAUUUGUUACUGGAUCAUAACGAAAUCUACGGGAGCCUUCCGGAAGAGUUGACAACAUUGAAGUUUGAUGAGUUGGAUGUGAGUUAUAACAACUUUGCGGGCAAAUUCCUCAAGGCGGCAGGCUUCAGAGCUUCGAAUCUAUGGCUUAUGCCCACAAUAAAUGCUUGUGUGAUGCUCCUCUCCCUGCCUUCACCUAGUGGUUUAUGCUCCUAUCAUCCAGAAAAAAUGCUUAAAAUUUUUGGGAAAUCUGUGCCAUUUAGGGUUUCUGGGACCAUCUACACAAUGGCCACGGUUAAGGAAGAUGAAAACAGCACAACAUCUUCGAGUAGGCGGCGCAGUCCAGCCGACAACACUACCCUGGCAGAGUUCCAGAGAAGACAAGAAAGAAAGAAGGCGGGAAAAGGCCACGAAAAAGGACCCGAGAAAGAACCAAAAAAGGAACAUUUGGUCCUUGGCUCUUCCCAGCCCAAUCCGAAAAAACCAGGCAAUACUAAUCUGACAACGAAAAUGGAUAACUUGCAUCCUCCUCGAAACACCACAGCACCCAAGAAGCGCUCGGAGGAUCAAAAGUUGGCUAAGAUUGAGACCAAACUCAAAAAGCUACGUGAUGAAAAUGAUCAAAACCAAAGGAUGAAAAGAUAUGUCCUCGAAGAAACAAGGCGUCGUUGUCUCCUUGGACAACCUGAUCCAACUGACCAAGAAUUGCCUGACUUGAUCGACAAGAAGAAAGCCCGCCACACCUUAGCCCUUCUCGAGAAGAAGCAAGUUAAGCAAAAAGUCCAGGAAUAA